AUGGAAUCCUGGACAGUAGCAUUGGAGCGGCGACUACUGGAGCUUUGGUUUGAAGCAAAAACCAAGUAUGAGACCACCAUGAAAAAAAAUACCAGAAAGAGAGCGUGGAUCUUGGACGAACUGAAGAAGUGUGCUGGAGAAGGCGGACGGGAAGUGCCGCAGUGGCUGGUGGAACUGACCGACAAGAAACUGAAGAACAAGAUUGAGUAUUUGAAGGCCACCGGGAAAAGAUUACUCCUGAAGCAUGUUCGACCUCUGCUGAAGCAGAAGAAGCCUCAGACGGGAUCCGCUGCCGAUUCCGAUGACGAUGACGCCAGUCCAGCAGAGCACAUUGACUGGAAUCAUGUUCAUGAUGUUGCAAAGUGGCCCCAUCUUCAGCUCUUCUAUGAGCUGUUUGCUGACCACCCGACUCUGGGAUUCAGUUUUUCCGUAGACACUAGUCCGGAGUCGUCUGCAGUUGUCGUGGAGGUGGCAGCGACACAAGUGCCAUUGGAACCUGCAUUGGCAGCGACAGCAGUAACACCACCUGUAGUGGCUACUGCCACUGCCACAGCAGUCAUCCAGCCAGGGGUUGCAGCCGCGAGUGCAGCAUCUCUGGUUGACGACUGGAUCUCGUCAUCAGAGAGUGACAGUGACGACAUCCAAGUAGGCGCCAAGCGCCCACCAACGCCAGCAACGCCAAUUGGUCGCCCGGCAGCAAAACGGGCAUGCAAGACACCAGACGAGGCUGCAGCAAGUAGCAGCCACAGUGCAGCUAGGGGUGCAAGUGCCAAGGCGAGGCAAGGGUCUGCUAUGGACAAGUUCCUGGACAUCUAUGCCAGUACGUCGAAAGCCAAGAUGGAGGAUGCUAACAUGCGUGCCGAGAGGACAAUCCAGCACGACAGGGAGAUGGCAGAGCGCUCGGAGAAGCACUCCACCAUGCUCCAAACGCAGCUUGUCGACACUACUGCCAAGUUGCAGGAGAACCAACAAACCUUCCUCACAAACAAUUUGAAGGCCAUCAUGUCCUUCCAGGCGGAGCUGAUCAAGGGUGUCCUUGAGAAGUAG